CAAUGAUAGGCCAAGCAUAUAAAAUUAUAAAUAGAGAGAACAUCAACCCAUCCAAUUCAUCCACACUCCACAGCAAGACACCAGUAACAAAAAUUGCAAGAAAUUAUUCAUCCAAACAAAACUUUAUUAGGGCAAAGAAAAUGAAUCCAUUUGAUCAAAAUUGCUCUUUUUCUGAGAUUAGUUCUGAUUUUUCCAAAAGUUUUUCACCGAUGAAUUCGAGCAAUGCAACGCCUAAUAAUAGUCCUAGUUCAAGUUUCGAUAGCUUCCUCUGGGAUGAAAACAUCAAUGAAGAAACAAUGUAUCUCCAAUCGCAUAAAAAGCCCAAGCCUGGGCACAAGGAUAAAAUGCAAGGCCCGAGGGAGGAGGCCCGUGAGGAAAGCACGCGACAAGAUUGGAGGCGGUACCGAGGAGUGAGGAGGAGGCCGUGGGGAAAGUUUGCAGCGGAGAUAAGAGACCCGGAUAGAAGGCGCAAAAGAUUGUGGCUAGGAACUUAUGAGACUUCGGAGGAUGCAGCAUUGGCUUAUGACCAAGCCGCAUUCAAAAUGCACGGCUCCAAAGCUCGGCUCAACUUUCCUCAUUUGAUUGGUCCGAACAUGCCUGAGCCGCCUAGGGUAACAGCAAGGCGCUGUUCGCGCUCGCUUGAACCAAAACCUCCUUCUUCUUCCCCCUCAUCAGAAAAUGGGACAAGAAAAAGAAAUAUAGAUGUUAUAAAUUCAAUAGCCAAAGCAAAGUCUUUUUGGUCAUAGUAGUUGGAACCUACAAAUGUUAUGACAACUAGGGCAGCCUGGUGCACUAUACUUUUACUGUGCAUGGGGUCGCACUAUAAGAGUUUAUUAUACACAA